CUAUGUUAUUCAUAAAUAUUGUAAAGGCGUCCUUAGUGCGGGUUGUGUUGCUGGUGCACAGUAUAUUGGCUGUGUGGAGAGCUGUUAGUAUUUCAAACAAUAUGUGGCUGUGGUUGCUGGCAGUUGCGGAUGUUGCUUUUAUCAUUGAAGCAUUGAUAACCAUCAUAAAGAGGAAGGGGAUGGAGUAUAAAUGGUUUUGUCCAUGUUUCUUUUUCUACCUUGGAGGCACUCUUCCCUCUAUCUGGCUUCUGGAACUGGAUAGACGAGAGCGUUACAUGGCUGUCAAGCAUGGAGUGAACAAUGCCACGGCAACGGACUCCCUAGCUGAAAUCUAUCCUGGAGUGUCCAUUCCCAUUUCGUUACCUGCAGACACUUGGGUUUUAUUGAUUGAACAAUUUCUACUUUAUUUUAUGAUCGUUGGAAGAUGGCUAUUACCGCGCGGAACAAUUUCGAGAAAUGAACUUUCCCAGCUUUUGUUUGUCUUCAUUGGAAUAGCUUCAGAUAUCACGGAGUUCUUCACCUUAUUUGAUGAAGAUGUUGUUCGUAAAAAUCUCGAAUUGACCUACGCCAUAUUGAUCAUCUGGACCAUCAGCCUAGUUCAGUUUUGUUUCGUGUUAACUGCGACCAAGAAUUCAAAUAAACCCCGCGUAGCACUUCCUGAUUCCGAUGAGGAGACUGGCCCAGGCAUCCGAAAACGAAGGAGAAAAGGAGGCUGCGAGAAGUGUGUCUCGAGUGAAGUCUGGAGCACCAUGGUAACCAUGUGUAUGCAAGAUGGUCCAUUCUUGACGAUCAGAUUAUUUGUUAUUAUCACUUACCAUCUUGUCAACUAUGCUAUUAUUUUCUUCACUGCUAAAAACGCUCUUGUAAUGUUGUUGCUCCUAUAUCGUUUGAUAGUCAUUUGUGGUCAGAAAAAUCCUGAUAACGAAAGGGCAAAUUCAGAAAUUGACAUCUAUGUCCCAGAUCCGGUCAGUGUCUCGAACUGUUCCUUGACUUCGUCUACCCCAACCAACAAUAUGCAAGCUGUUUGUGUUACACGACAAGAAAAAAUGAAUGGACGUCAUGUUGGGAAGAAUUCUGAAUAUAAUGGACCUGAACAUCAAUCCAGAGAAAUCGUCAACACGAGCAAAAUUUAGGGGCUAAUUGUAUUCGGCGCGCUUGUGUAACAGAUAUCCCUUGUAAGA